GCUAUCCCAGCGGCUAGUAUUCGCCCGCACUUUGUUCCUAUCGGGUUGACAAGCUAAUGCUGUGUUUUAUUUUUUUUUGUCUUGUCAAAAAUUACAGAGAAUUGCUUUUCCUUUAUUUCUUUAAUUGGUAAAUAUGAGAGAUGAAGUGAAAAUGGAUGCGAAUCGGCUAAUCGCCGAAGUAUAUAAGCGGCCAGCGCUUUGGAACCAAAGGCAUAUCUCUUAUCACAAUCGCGAAGUGACGAACCGCGUUUGGAUGGAGAUCGCAUCGAUAUUCAAAUUGCCCAAACCGGUAUUAAAAGCGAAGUGGAAAGGUUUACGAGACACUUUUCGGGCGGAGUUAAAAAAGGAUCAAGUAUAUCGUAAAAGUAAAUUUCAUCGAAAUAGGCCAGUAUGGAUACAUUUCAAAAGCUUACAGUUUUUAAAGGAACAAAUGUUACCCCGUCCACCGAUUUGGGAACGAAGUAAUCCUUGUCAAGACGACGAUCGUGUACCAAGCGAAGGUGAAGGCGAUGGACUGAUGUUAAAAGGUUCGUCGGUAACGAACAGGAAUUCCGACGAUCGUAAUACAAUUGCGAAUCAUCUUCUGUCGAUAAAUAGCGAUAAUGGACUAAAGAUUGACAACGUAAAUCAUAUAGACGUGAAACAAGAACCUGAAGAAAAUUUCGACAACCUCGAGUUUCAAAGUGUUUCCGAUAACUUAACUGAAAAUGAGAUGAUGUUACAAAAUAUCUCUCCUGAACAAGUGUUAAUAGGCGACAGUGACACUAACAUCGGUCUCCCGGUAGAUCCCUUAGAAGGGAACCGUUUCGAUGAUAAUUAUUAUUUCCUUAUGAGUCUUUUACCUCACAUAAGAGCAUUGCCUGCCGACAGAAGGAUGUUGCUCAGAAUGCAAAUGCAAGAGUUAGUUUACAAGGAGGUUUACAAGAAAAAUUCGGAUGACGUUGCUACACCCUAAAAGAAACGAACAUUCAAACGAAUAUUUUAUAACGAAGAUAUAGGAUGAGUGUUUCACGAAACUAGUUAAAGUUUAUUAAUUUUCAUCUACGAAAAUUAACCGAACGAUGAAUAGGUUUAAGAAAGAAAAAAAACCAUGAAAAAUGUAACAGUCAUAAGUAAGUCAAUGCUCCACAGAUUGAGAGACACUGGUGCUUUCUCGUACCUGUAGGUACGACCGUGAUGUUUAGUGUGGUGUGUAUAGGUGUAGUAAUUGUAUUCGUGUAUUCAUGAACAUUCCUGUUUCGUUGCGCAUGCGUACCUGCCGU